GAAUUAGCCAAUAAAUAAAGCAAAGAAGAAUUUUCUAAUUACUACUCCCUGUGAUAAAAUUAACGUUUAUUUUAUUGUGUGCAAAUUUAUAGAACUAUCUUUGCCGAAGCUUCAACUUGAAGCUUCGGCAGUUGGACGCUGUAUUAAAAGCUGCGUUGUCCAGAUUCUGUAAAAGAUAAACCACGUAUUGUAUGGUAGCUGGUUAGCCAGCUAGCUGGAAGGCUAAUCAAAGCUACUGAAACUUUUCAACCCCAGCAGAAGAAAAUGGACUCAGACGUUUUUACGGACAUCCCCAGAGAUGAACCGUUACCCCUGGCAGCGCUGCGCCUCCUGGUGCCCCCUCUGCAGCUCAUGGCAGCCUCUAUGUGGCAGGUGUUGAGGAAACGAGACGUUCUGAGCUACUGGAAGGUGUCAGACUUUGUGUCGCUGGUGGUGGACAUGGUCCCAGAGCUCCUGAUGGACAAACAUAGAACUCAGCUGAAUUUAGGGUUAAGAGCUAGGUAUAUUAUUGAGUUAUGCCGUAAUGAGCAUUCCAGUGAGAUGAUCCUGUCUUACCUGGAGAAGAUGACAUCCCCACAUCCCACACUGAUAAGAGAAUCAGAUGACGAGUCGGUGAAAAUGAAUUUUCUUGAGUUGAUUCAAAUUCUUCUCAAAGAUCCGGAAAAAAGAAAACACUUUUUCAUGGACAUCUUCCCUGCAGAGUAUGGCCCUCAGUACGACAGUGACCUGCAGACACUGUUUGCAGAGUUUCUCUGCCGACUGUUUCAGCUGGUUCCGGUCCCUGACCUGGAGCAGACUGUGUCCUGGCUUGGAGCGGAGUGCUCUCUGUUGGAAGACUGUUUGCAGACCGUCUCUGAACCCACAGACCUGAAAAAUCUACUGCAGCACCACAAGAACCUUGGGCAUUUAGACCAACAUGUUCCACCUGCUAGUAUGGGCGACAACAUCUCUUCCUCACUUUCUGCCCUUCCCCCGAGAAGACUGGCGGAAACCAGCGAACAACCCGACCAGUCGGACCCACUUCAAGACCUCUACGUCGAAACACAACCUGCACCAGAAAUGGCGGAAAUAGUUACAGUUUCUGAUUACUCUGAGGUUGAAAUAGAGGCGAGCUCCAACGUUGAAGUGGUGACAGAAGAAAACUGCUUUGAAGGAAGAGAAGACACAGUAGGAGAAUGUUCUGUGGUUGUGUAUUUGAAGAAGACGAGCGAAGAAGAGCCAGAAAGAGAAGCGACCGAACUUCCAUCCUCUUCUCAACACAAAGCUGCCACAGGACCGCAUGACUGCCCCCACUGUGAGAAGAAAUUUAAGUUUGCCUCCUCGCUGCUGGCACACAGCGUCAUCCACACGGGAGAACGCCCCCACCGCUGCACCGACUGCGGCCGCUGCUUCUCCUUUAGGCAGUCCCUCGACAGACACAGACGCACACACAGAAAGGGACGCACGUAUGACUGCGUGGACACGGCCUGCAUGCCGCACAGGCAAACACACACCGAAGAUGGCGUGCACUCGUGCCAUCUCUGCAGCGUGGAAUUUAGCUGUCAGCUGGCCCUCGCAAGCCACUUAAAGACUCACUCUGAUGAUGGCAGCUCGGACAAACUCAAAGAAGGCUUGGAGGGCUUGCCAGAAACCGACGAGGCUGCAGAUGUCAACGAAGCGAGUGCUGAACACACAGAUCCAGACUGUCCUGUGGAAACGGGCGAUCGCCCAUUCUCUGAAUCCAUACGAGACAACGGAGUCAAACCACCAAAUGUCCGCACAAGUGGACGCAAACGUCGACCCACAAUGAAGAUCCAGGCGAUACAUUUACAGAUGCACAUGGCCACUAAUCAAAGGAACAAGUGCAGCAGGGCGAAUCCCUCAUCACUGAGACCUUUACCUAUCGUCAGCUCGGAGCACUCCUAUGGAUCGCCUUUGGUCUCGAAACAAGGCGGUGAAAGUUCUCCAGCAGAUGCCUCAGUAGUUGCUUUCUCCUGUCCUCAAUGCUCCUUCCAGGACUCUGAGGAAGGGCAGGUCCUGCAGCACAUCAAUAAGGUUCACCCCACUGAUGCCGCAGAUCAACACAGACACCUAAGCUGUGCAGAUUGUGGGAAGGUCUUCAGGUUCCACUCCUUACUGAAAGCCCACCAGCGCGUGCACACAGGCGAACAGCCGUUUUCAUGCUCCCAGUGUGGACGGCAGUUCUCCUUCAAACAGUCACUGGAGAGGCAUAAGCAGACACACUCGUCCGGAAACAAGUUGUCGUGUCUGAUCUGCGGGGAGCUCUUCAAGUCGGCAACGGAACACGCCAGGCACAAGAGCGACCACUUAGAGGAUGGGGACUACCAGUGUUCAGAGUGCGGUCAGACGUUCAGCUGGAAGGCUGCAUUGGUGAAGCACCUCAAGACCCACGGAGUGGACGCUGGCGAAGUGGAAGACUCGUUUAAGUGCUCUCACUGCAACCUGGGCUUUAGCUGUGAAAGACACCUGAACAAGCACAUCCUUACCCACAAAGAGGAAAAACCUCACAGCUGCAACUGUGGGAAGAGUUUUCCAUACCGAGCGGCUCUCACCGCACACCAACGGACGCACCAACGAGAGCGGCCGCACAUAUGCACGCAGUGUGGGAAGGGCUUCCUCUAUAAGGGCGGCCUGUUGAGCCACAUGAAGAUCCACUCUGAAGAAAUGCCCUUCAUGUGCUCGUUCUGCGGCAAGAGUUUCAAGAGGGAGCGCAACAUGAAGAAACAUGAGCGCUGCCACACCAGGGAAAACGUCUUCCGCUGCUCGCAGUGCGACAAGAGCUUUGUGUACAAGGCCACCUUGGUCAGACACGAGCUGACGCAUUCGGGCGAGAGGCCGUACCUUUGCUCUGACUGCGGCAAGGGUUUCUUCUCUCAUGCAGAGCUCUUAAAGCACGAGCGCUUCCACACGGGCCACAAGCCAUUCCAGUGUCCCCACUGUGGCAAGAAAUUCACCCAGUCCUGCUACCUGACCAUCCAUCUGCGCUACCACACCGGGGCCCGGCCAUACUCCUGCUCUGAAUGCGACAAGAGCUUUCUGAGUGCCAACCGGCUAAAGAGACACCAGCGGACGCACUCUGGAGAAAAACCGUAUCUGUGUUUAGAGUGUGGAAAGGGUUUCAGGCAGUCUUAUCAUCUUAAAACUCAUCUGAGGACACAUCUGUCAUAAAUACACCUACUAACUUUGUAGUAUCACUGGGAAAUGGGGGUGAAAGGUCUUAAAUAUAAUUAUCAAUUACAGUAGAGUAACACCACUCAUGAUAAAUUUCACUGAGUUUGUUCUGUGAAAUUUUAAGUGACCAAUGUCACAUAUUUGUACCUCAAGGCAGGGCAACAACAGUAGGAAGGUCCUUAGUCCGUUCCGUUAACAUUUUACAAGGUUUAGAUGUAUUUCUUCGCAGUUUCUCUGAAGGUUCUCACACUGUGGUCUUCUAAUCUGGUUCACAACAGAGAUAAUUGUCUGUGUUGCAGAGCUAAUAAAACCUACCUAAAACACGAGCUGUUCUGGCAGAAAUGCUUUCAACAGAAUCCACUUGAAGAGUGAAAGUGUAGUUGAGAAUGUUGGAUGAAAUCCAAGUUUUAAUUUCACUAUACAAAAUCAAAACUUUUACAUAUUAGUUGAGGUGUUACUCGGGAAAAGUUUGAGAACCAACGUUCUGGAUGAUCCAGAAUUCUGGACGAUCUGUAGCAUCCUAGGCUCCUUUCUCUGGUAUCACCUUGGAAGAAGGUUUGCAUUUAGGCUGGAGAAGUGUGGCCACUUGGACAAUUCUCUUAAUGGAAGGCAAAUGAUUUUAUUGAAUCUAUUUUCAGAGUUCACAGCAUGACAGAUCCUCCACCUUGCUUCCCAACACUUUUAACUCAGAAGAUACUUUGUCACAGAAGUCUUGUUUUUCAUUACUAAAACUGUUUCACUUAGCAAACUCCUGACAUUUACAAGUGCCAAGUAGCUCAAAAGAACCAACUGGCACUUAGAGCCUGGUCAGAAUUCCUCCCCAAAUGGUUUUUUACAUUUGUUUAUUUUAAAGCUUUUCUCACAUUGUUGCCAAUUGUCCUGUAACCAUGGUGUGAAUCUAAUGCAAGUCUAUACGGUCAGCCAUUUCUUACAAGCAAGUCCUUUGCUAAUGGGGGUACACCAAUUUAUCGGCGCCAAUUUCCAAACUUAUCCCCUCAUCUUGUCUACCUCAACAAAGGUCUAAAAAUAAACCACUGUCCUCCUUCUCCUGUGAAACAGGUUUCACUGACAGUCCAGCCACCAGGACAUGUCUGCAUUUAACAAUAGUCACCCCACUGUUGCCAACUCAGCAACUUGCUAUGUUUAGCAACAUUUAAGAUUAAAGUAAUUGGUAAUGGCAGGUCUGACAUAAAGAUUGGCAAUUGGCUGGAAAACUGCAAUUGGUGCACCCCUCCCUAUUUGUUACCAAUAAAACCCAUUGAGCUAAGAAAAGUGCAACUCAAAAUCUGGAAAUAAAGAGUCUUUAUUUGAGAGUGUAAGCAAGUUUCACAUAAAAAAUAUAACAAGAUACAAGAAGGGAGCUUAAACCAUGUUAGGUUUCCUUUUACAGCAGUGGAUCAGUUUCAGUCGGUAACAGAAACAUCAUGAAAAUUAGCUUAACAGUGUGUUUAGUGUUGCAUGUGUGCAGACCUUGGAUGUAUAUCAUGGAUUUUAUGAAAGUAGUUUGGGUAAUAAGACAUGAUCUAUGUUGUGGAACAUUUAAAGAAAACUACUAAGCUACAGGGCAACUCUACUAACAGUGAGACUGGGUACCACUCCAGACUUCCACACAAUAGCUGAUACAGUUGAGACAAUUUGGAACAAAAAAAAAAAA